AGUUUUUUUUUGUUCUUCCCCUUCACAGGUCUCCCGCCAUGAUUGGCUGCUCCUUCGUAGCAAACCGCAACUACUUUGGCAAGCUUGGCCUGUUCGACUCUGGGAUGGAUGUCUAUGGAGGAGAGAACAUCGAACUGGGCAUCAGGGUGUGGCUGUGUGGGGGCAGCAUGGAGGUGCUGCCUUGCUCCAGGGUUGCUCACAUGGAACGGUUGAAGAAACCCUACAACAGUAACAUAUCUUUCCACACACGGCGUAAUGCUCUGCGUGUGGCUGAGGUCUGGAUGGAUGAGUACAAGUCCAACGUCUACCUGGCCUGGAACCUCCCCAUGGAG